ACAACAAUCGAAGCGGUGGUUCUGAAAACAGCUGACUCGGGCGCAAGGAGAUCGCCAAGAGACGACUUUUUGGAGUGAUUUUUGAGACGGUGAAAUGGCGUUCCAACCUCCUAACAACAACAAAGGUCAAAAAAUUCUUGAUGAACUUUACCAGAAGAAACAGUUCUUACUGAUGAAGAACCCGCCUCCCGCUCAGCCUCCGCCUCAGCAAGUCAAUGACACGAUGUCACCGAACCAGCGAACAGCAUUGCAACAUGCUCAACAAACCUCACCUGGAUUCUACAUUACUCAAGAGUCAUCGUAUGGGAACUUGAUAAUCCCGGUAGUGCCUAGAUUUUGAUCAGCGCUGGGUGUAAAUACAGCUGUAUACAUGUGAGGAGGAUCCUCCGGAU